AUGAAGGAUGCGAACAACGUGGUGCUUUGCAAAGGGGUGCCACCAGAUGAGUACCUACCUCUCAAUACAAUCUGCUUCACUGUCAAGAAGUGGGACAGUGCGGAUGAUGUCCAGACCGUGAGUGUUGAUGCUGCAUCGACAAUGCUGGCACAGCGAUACCCGGCUUUGGCAUGGGGGCAGCUGAAGAGUAUCCUCUGCGAACACACCCGAAGUGUAUGUAAACCUGCAGCUAGCGACUGGGCGAUUGCGCUGAGUGCUGGAAGCAUGUCGGCUUUGGACAUUGCCAUCGCAAUGUUCCUCAAUCCUGGAGAUACCAUCCUGGUAGAGGAGUUUACAUUCUUGGCAAUGAUCAAUGCCUGUGUCGCCGCAGGACUGCGCUUAGUUCCGAUCUCCUGCGAUUCCAGCGGCCUUUGCCCAGAGUCGCUGGAGCUCGUGCUCGGCUCCGAGCGAUCUGCUGGACGUGUACCAAAGGUCCUGUACACUGUCCCGGUAGGCCAAAACCCCCUUGGGACGCGACUUCCCGCUCAUCGGUAUCAAGCCAUCUAUGAUUUGUGCACCGAGCAUGGCGUCGUCAUCUUGGAAGACGACGCAUAUUUCUACCAGCAGCACAAUGCCCAUGAUAGCUUGGCUGAUGAUGACGGCUCCGCCGUGGGUGAACUGCAGAAUCUGGGGGCCACGUUUGUCUCUAUUGACCACAAAGGCAUGGUCUUCCGCCUGGAGUCCUUUGCAAAGAUGUUGGCCCCGGGUUUUCGGCUUGGCUGGGUCACAGGUCCCAAGCGCUUCAUCGAGGCGCUAGGUUGA